GUCGAGCGGAUCAGUGCCCGCUGAGCCUUGAACGGUAUCAAACGGUACCGCAGGAGAGGAGAGAACGAACGUCCUUCGUAACCGUUGACAAAUUUCUCAGUCCGUCGCACGUUACCGCCGCGGCCUGGCCGCUACUCCACACGCUCGGCACACACGAGAUCCGUCCGAAAAACUAUUCCGGCGAGCCACGGAUUUCGUUCUAAAAACGACGGCCCAGUGAUCGAUAAAUCAACGAGGCGGAGGAUCGCCGAUGGACGGGACGCGGAUCGGCACACCGGACGAUUAGAGAAGAAUGUGCGAGGAAAGUAGUGCGUCCACGUUCCAGUGAAUUUUACGCGCAGUUAUAGAAUCGACAAGUUGCUUGCGUCGGUGGUAAAAGAAGGUUCGCCAAAGCGACGGAACAUGGGAACGCGCAGCGUAUGGUUGCUCGUCGCUUCGAACGUGCUGUUCCAAUGUUGUUUCUGGAGCAUCGGCAGCGCGGCUGGAAGUCUACGGGUGGCUUAUCAGUGGAAACAACUGGAUUACGAGUGGCCGAAUAACGAGACCAGACAGCUGUUCCCGUGGUACAAACAGGAAGACAAUCUUCCGCUUGGUCUCGAGGUCACGAAAGACAGGAUCUUCGUUACGGUACCAAGAUGGAGACGCGGCGUUGCCUCGAGUUUGAAUUAUUUCUACGCUAACGACACGCGAGAAUCGCCAGGAUUAAUUCCAUAUCCGUCGUGGGAGGCGCACCAGUACAAAGCCGGGAACGUGCCGGAGAUCAUCUCGACGUUCCGGAUCCGGGCAGAUCGAUGCGACAGGUUAUGGAUCCUCGACACAGGGUUCACCGACAUUCUGGACAGUCCGGAGCAACAGGCCCCGCCGGCGUUGAUAGUCUACGAUCUAACAAACGAUCAGAUGCUGCGGAAAUUCGUCGUGCCCGAUGAUCAAAGAACGCCGGACUCGUUGUUCGCUAAUAUCGCGGUGGAAGAUUACGACUGCGAGGAUAGCUACGCUUACUUGGCCGAUUUAGGCGGGCCAGGUCUCGUCGUGUAUUCCUGGAACAUGAAUAAGUCGUGGCUCGUUAAGCAUCGAUCCUUCCAUCCGGAUCCACAGGCUGAGGAAUUUAACGUGUCGGGAAUCUCGUUUCAAUGGAGCGACGGCUUGUUCGGAAUGGCCCUAGCGCCCAGAGGCGACGGAUACAGUACCAUGUAUUUCCACCCGCUGUCCAGCAGCAUGGAGUUCUCCGUUAGCACGAAAUUGUUGAGAGAUCCUCAACGUGCGAGCGCUUCCGAAAGCUUCAACGAAUUCCAUAGCCUCGGAUCUCGGGGAAACAAUGGUCAGAGCAGCGUGAGCUUCCUGGAUCAGGACACUGGUGUUCUCUUUUACGCUUUAACGAAUAUGAACGCCAUUGCUUGUUGGAAACCACAAAAUGCGUUCACCACUCAGCAACAGGACUUCAUUUACAUGGACAACGUUACAAUGGUAUUCCCCAACGAUCUAAAGAUCGACAGAGAUGGCCAGAUCUGGGUGCUCUCGGAUCGUCUGCCGACUUUCAUGUACGCCCAUCUGAACCCUGACGACUACAAUUUCCGAAUUCUCAGCGGUUCCUCUCGGGAAGCUAUAAAGAACACCGUCUGCUCGAUGGAGAGACCCCUUCCAGCUACAAAUAAGCCACGCGAAUAUUCUCCUGGAGGAGUGACUCAUUCUGUACAAUCUGGAAGCUCCAGCUAUAAGAAACACCUCGAGCCCCUCUGCGUUCUACUAACUAUUGUACUAUUCAUCUCCAGGACGUACAUCUGAAAAUGUUGUAUUAUUCUUUUCUAUUUUAAUAAAGUGGUUGACUGUAUAAAACGUGUGCGCGGUACCGAACUAAGAGAGAAACGUGAAUCUCGGACGACGUUAAUAAUAUUUAUGUGCGACUAAAUAUCGGCUGUAGAAAAUAAAUGUUAAAAGAAUAGUUUGAUAAUAGAUUAUCUAUUAAAGUUUAGUUUAAUAUUAAACGAUGAUAUGUUGUGUGAAA